AUGUCGCUCCAAAACACAGCAACACCGCUCCUCCUAACGAAGCGCCUCACGGCCUUCCUCCACGCCAACCAGUCGCCGCAGCUCCCAACACUACUGCUCACCACCAGCCAGGGCAAGCUCCUCGCCCACGCCAGCCCGAACCCCGUCUCCGUGCUGCGCACCCACGCCACUGUCGCCGGCUCCCUGCUUGCCAUACACACCUCCUCGUCGGCCGUCCUGCCCAGUGCUCUCCCCGGCGCAGACACCCCCGAGCCUCGAGCCAGCCCGCCUCCCGAGGACGACGACGAGGACGACGCAGCCUACAGCCACGACGACGACGAGGGCCGUCUGCCGACCCGCAGCAGCAAGACGAGAGGACGGACCGGCCUGGCGCCUGCAAACUCCAUCAAGCCCGUCACAAUCACCGUCCAGCUUACGCAGGGCACCGUCAUCAUCCGCCGCCUCAAGUGCGGGCUUCUCUUUGUCUGCAUUGGCCCGUCUGCUGCCGAUGCUGCCCCAGCCGACUUGACCGCUGACCCGCGCGGCGUGGACGUCUCGUAUGCAGAUGCAACAAUCACAACGUCUGGAGGAAGCCCUAGCGAUGUGGAAAGCCUUGCGAGUGCUGGGGCGCACACGACGACGAGCUUGGACAGCACGACGGCAACGUCAGUCGUAGCCAUGCGCAGACACGCUGCGGAGCUUGCACGCUGGCUGGACGAUCGUCUCAGCACUCUCAAGGUGCCUGAGGAAAGUGUGGCUCUGGAGUAA